CUGCUCACGAGACACACACGUAUCCGCGCGCAACCACACAGCCUCACUCCUACCCCACGCAUUCCAUACCCGUGGUUAACGUUUGCGCUUGUGGGAGUUAAUUGUGAUCUGAAAAGAUUUUGAUUUAUACUGAUCUUGUGCUUUUCGCGGAAGUCUGGAUAACCUGGAUGUGUUUAACGGAAAAUUGAUAUAAGAGCUUGCGGCCGCUGGUUAGCGCGAGUGUUCUCCUCACACCAGCACCAUUACUCCCCGGCCGCUACCCCGGGUCUCCCGCUACCCGGCCUCUCCUGGCGCUUCAACUGCCGGCGGAGGAGCCCCGUGCAGCGCCCCCGCCAGGAUGCACCAAACAGCCGUGCCUUCGGCCGUGUGGCAGCGAAGGACCAACAAGAUCAUCGCCGCAGGCAUUACCAUUAUUGGCCUUACCAUGAUGCUCUCCCUCAUACCACAGUGCAUUUACAUCGGCGUAGUUUUUGUCGCCUGCGCCCUCAUAUGGCUGGGCUGGAUGACGAUGAAGGAGAAGAAGGUGGAGCCGCCCCGGCCCGAGGGCCAGCACCCCGCGUCGCCCGUGCUCUUUCUCGUCGCCUCGCACCAUCUCCGUCAGUCGUCUCGAGGUCCCACGCUGCCGGAUCCAGAGGACAAGCCGCCUAGCUACGAGCAGAUCCUGAAGCUAGACGGCCUUCCUCCGGACUAUUACUCAGUCCUGAGCGAGAAGCCGCCCAGAUACGAGGACCUGAGUCCAACCUUAGGCUGGGGAGCCUGCGCUCUGCCUGUGGAAUUUUACGCAGCGGAUCUUCCAUGUGUCCACUCGUCAACUCACAGUUCAUCUCCAGAGUCUCCAGUUUCACUUGAAGUUCCUACGCAUGCAGAAUCAACUUCUUCAUUUUUACAAGGUCUUCCUUCUUCUUGGUCAACUCAAUCAGUCCUUCCAUCCUCCUACAGUAGUAAUCAGGCUUUUGGCACAGAAAAUCCUGCCUUUAGUAGCCAAAGCUUGAAUAACGGCAUAUCAGAAAGUAGUAAUGUCAAGGCAGGUGCUGAAACUGCUCCGGUCGAAGGGGAAAGAAGAGACACAGAGAAGGAUGAGGAAAACAAACUUAAUGCAGAUUUCAGUAACAUUUGAGCUACUGUAUAAUACUGUAGAAUAUUUGCCUACAUAAAAACUGUUGGCUAUGAGGCCGUCCUUCUAGUGAUAAAGUGUCAUACUUGCACUAGAUUCAUGUGGAAGUUACCUUCAUGAUUAAUCCUAGAUAAGCCCAAAAGUCUGAAAAUGGUGCUUCUUUAUGCUUAAAAAGCUUGUCUUGUGGACUGCUCAUAUUAUGUAUAUUUUGGGAGGCAUUAAGGCAAGUCAAAGAGCGAUGGUGGUGACUACAAUGAGCUUGUGUAUUUAUUAUUGCAUCAGAUACCUCUUAACAUUCUAUGGAGAUUUAAGUCAUGCAUGAUAGGUUUCUGAAAGUUUUAAUUAUCUUCAUAAUUGCACUGGAUAGUGAAUUAAUGAUAGAGCUUCUAAGGUUUAUGUAAGGAUUUGACCCCUAUGCAUUCAAGUUCCUAGAACCUUUGUUUACCAAGAUAAUAUGAUGGCAGAGCAAUAUGUUUUUUAUAGUGCCAUGUCAUCAUACAUAGAAAAUAUAGAAUUGUAAAAAAAGCCUAUGAAAAGAAGUUUGUUGAAAGGAAUGUCAGAAGAUUAAUUAGGUUAAAGAAGACAUUUUAUGUUGACUAACAGUCAAAAUUAUUUUAACUUGCUAAACCAUGAACUUGUAUAUAUUUUAGCUUUCACAAAUGAAUUUACUGAUAUGAUUCAAAGACUUGGUAAGUCAUAUAUUUAGAUAGUGAAGAGAGGUAUGUCAGAAAUAGGUAUUGUCACAAACUAUCAUUGCCUGACAUUUUUAGCUUAAUAUGGCACCUACAAAGGGAUAAAUACUAGUCACAGAACUUGUUUCCCGUAAAUAUGACCACGCAUAAUCAGGCUUGCAGGAGAAAAGUAUCACAAUUCAGGGAAAUGAUGUUUCCAAGAUCUGUAAUCAUAUCGUUAAUAUUAGGGAAGCUGAUGUAUAGCUUGAUAAUAAUGGUAUGUUUUCCUUCUAUGGGAAUCAGGCAAAGUUUGCAUAGUUGAUUUUUUUUUUAUUUACUCAAUUAUAUGUAUUAUAGUUUCCUUACCUUGAUGCUUAGGGAAUGAACAAAUGAUUUACUUUCAUUUUUUGCUAUUAGGGUUACCAUGUUACUGUGAUAACUUGACUGUGGCAACCAAUGGGCACAUUAAUAGAGUUGUCACAGUGACUAUAUAUAUGUUAACAGGACUGCUAUAGUAACCACAUACGGUUAGGAUUCAGCAAAGUCGGCUAAGAGCGUUUAGAAAGCAAGCAUAAUGCAGCACCUCUCCAGAUACUCAUAUGAAGGAAGUGUAGUUUUACACCAUCGACUCUUGCAUUGUUAUUUAAUUCAAACCUUGAUAUUGUGAUCUGCAAUAAUGAUAAUCACAAUUGUUUAAGGUCAGUAUUGUAUACAAUAUACCAUCUUUGGUAGCACCAAGUUGCUCAUAUUUCUUUUUAACUCAUUUUUAUCUAGAAUCUAUCAUUAGCCUACAAACCAAAGAUUCCUUAGUUUUCUGUUAAUUUGUUGUGAAAUCAGGAUGAUUAAAAAUGAGUAAAUUUCAAAUGUAAUAUUUUGUUGCUCAUUUUUAAUGUAUUGUAUUUGCUUUAACAAUGAGUGGAAGUAUUCCCAUAAUUAAGCUUUUACUAUAAAAGUGCUUUUCGAUUAGAGGCAGGUAGAUGGCAGAAAUAUACUCAAAUCAUCCUGUUCUCAUAGUUUUUUUAAGAAGGAAUUAAUCCGUCAAUCCUUUUUGGAACUGUUAUCUAUAUCAGGUAGAGCUAUGCCUGUACAAUACAGAUAACAUGAUGCCCAUAGAACAAAAAGGUUCUCAGUUCGUAUGGGCUUGUGUGGUUCCUUCCCAGUUCUGUGUACUUACAUGUGAUAUUGCAUAUUUUUAUAGGUCCUUUAUACAUUAAAAAUAUAAAUCU